AUGGCAGCCUUGAGAUCCUUACUUAUUGCCAGCCUUCUCAACCCCGCCUACGCUGCCGUCCACCUGAACGGUGCCGGGGCCUCCUUUCCUGCCGACGUCUACAGAUCAUGGCUGCCGGCAUACAAGUCUUACAGAAGCAGGUUCGCCGGGGUGGAGAUGAAGUACGAGAGUAUCGGCAGUGGAGGAGGAAAAGCCCGGAUCAAGGGGGAGACUGGACCGGAAGUUCACUACGCUGGGUCUGAUUCUCUGCUAUCGGAAGAAGAUUACGCGAACAAUCCCGACCUUCAGAUGUUUCCAUCGAUGGCUGGGGCGAUAGUGAUGGGUUUCUACCUACCGGGAAUAUCAGAACUAAACCUUAAAAUGGAUAACGUGGUUGACAUCUACAGUGGGGCAAUUCGCUGGUGGAAUGACUCAAGGAUCGCCCAAGUAAACCCUAACUUAGACUUACCUUCCAAGGAGAUUAUUGUGGUUGCGCGGAGAGACAAGUCGGGUACAACUGAAAUCUUCACAAAGGCCCUUGCCUCGGUCAGCCAACAAUGGGCAGAUUCUUAUGGAGUCUUUUCCAAGGGUGUUGAUGACAACGAUAUGCCCUACCAAUGGAACGCAUCAGUUGUGACCCAGUUUGGGCAAACCAAUCGCGGGGUGUCUGGAAUUAUUCUGUCUUAUAAAUUCUCCAUCGGAUAUCUCGUAUUGUCGGAUGCAGUCUCGUCAAAAGUCUCAUUUGCAAGGCUGCAGAAUCAGGCAGGGAACAUGGUCGAAGCGUCUACUACAUCAGUGCAAAGUGCCAUGAAUGAUUUUUCUAGCGCCUUCGAUGAGCGUAUGACUUUGUCAUUGGCUAAUGCAAAGGGGAUGAAUUCGUAUCCCAUCUCAGGCUACACCUACAUCAUUAUAAAGAAAACCUCCAUCACCAGCUGUGAAUCAGCUAUUGAGCUAGUUCGGUAUAUUGAAUGGUUUUACACUACAACUAUUCCCAGACAGGACUGCGAGAAUCUAUUCAUGGUGCCCCUGUCGCGGGAGGUCUACACAAUGGUAAUGGACAGAAUCAUCAAGCAAAUCACUUGUAAAGGUCAGAAUGUCUACAGCAUGCUCGUGGCCGUAGUUGAGGAGGAAGAGCUGUCCCUGCAGACGUGGCGAAUUCCUGUCUUCGUUGGAUCUCCCCUUCUGUUCAUAGCAAUCAUCAUCAUCCUUAUCUAUCUUGUUCGACAUCAGAUCCGUCUUCAGCAAGCAUUGGUAAGAAACGAGUGGCUGAUUCGAGGAAGUACGAUAACCUCGGGGACCUCCAAUAAAAGUAAGUCCCGGAUGGGUUCCACUUUCAGGACAAACAGUAACAAAAUUCACCCAUCCCUCGGGGCAUUCAGUGAAGUAUCAACUGAAAGUAUUGGGCCAAUCAGUACGCUGAAGGUUGGCCAGUGGAAAGGAAAACUUCUCCAAAUGCAGCCAAUGCCUUUCUUGAAGACCACAACACACCUGUCUGUUUCCACCAAGCGUGAUAUUCUGUGGAUGAGAGACUUCAUCCUUCACAAGAACGUUGUUGCAUUGUAUGGAUUAACAGAUCUUGAUGGCUGUGUCUCCACAGCAGAGGGGUAUUGCUCGAAAGGUUCUGUCUACGAAUUUCUGCAAAAUACUAGAUUUAACAUGAACAAUAGUAUGAAGUAUGCUCUUUGUUUGGACAUUGCGAAAGGCAUGCAAUACUUACACAGGCAGGGAAUCUGUCAUGGCCUUCUUACCUCUAAAUGUUGUUUCUUAGAUGAGCAUUGGACAGUUAAAGUUGGGAAAUGGUCAUUUGUCAAACUAGCCAAUCGCAUGAAAGAACAGGCAGUUCACAGAGAUGUCUUCGGUGCAAAUGACUGGGACAUGACAGAAUUCUGGACUGCCCCAGAAAUCUUACGAUUGGACGUCCACCCAACUGAGGGCAGCGACGUGUACAGCUUCUCCAUCAUCAUGCAGGAAAUAUUUACACGAGAUGGACCGUACAUGGAGCACAAAGACACACAGUCGCCCAACGAUGUGCUUCAAGCUGUGAUCUCAACGUCCAUGCGUCCAGCGUUUACCCCUGACACUCCUGUUGCCUCCCGGGAAAUCAUGGAACGAGCGUGGGAGAUGGACCCCAUUGGUCGACCGUCUUUCGCUGGGAUAUGCACCAUGAUCAAAAACGCCCAUCCUAAAAACAAAACGUUAAUGGACUGCAUGAUGAAGGCUUUUGAAGAUUAUACGUAUGAACUUGAAGAAAAGCUUCAAGGAACGAAGGUUUGGGAUAUCACCAACACAAAAUCCGCCGAUGUUGAUAAUUACACAGCUUUACCUUCAGAAAUCGCCAUGUCGUUUUCAGCUGGAGCUACUCCUUCUCUGGAGAAGUUUGACUCGGCAUCAGUGUUGGUGUCUGUUAUCCACGGCUUAGCAGACAUUGUAGCCGCCUCGACCGCAUCUGAUAUUGCAACUAUGUUGAAGGAUCUGCAAAAAGCUCUUGAUAACGUUUUGUCUGAGGAAACGGUCCAUAAAUUCGACAUCUCUGCAACUUCCUAUUACGUGGUGUCCGGGUUACCGACGAGGCGAAAUGGCCACGCGACUGUGCUGUCCCGAAUUGCUCUCUCUUUUCUAGUUAUUGCAAAAUCAUGUACAAUCAAACAUAACGACUGUCAUCUUCAGAUGAAAGUAGGUGUCGCUACUGGACCAGGAAUGGCCGGUGUCCUUGACCCCAAGUUUCUCAUGAAGUAUACCGUAUUUGGAAACACCAUGGAUUGGGCCCACACUUUGGCCAAUACAACCCCACCAAUGACUAUACAGAUCUCGGAGGCAACAUGUUCCGCCAUACAGACAAGCAAAGAGUUUACAGUAAUACCCGCAAAGCCGCUAGAUGGACAGCUCGUGAACAACAAGAACAGUCUCAAUCGUUGCGUGACACGCUUCCUGGAUUACAUGAUCAAGCACCAACAGGAAUAG